AAGGAAGUGGCGAUCCCAUCAACCUCUGGCACGACUGGAGACUCCGAAACAAAAUCGGGCUGAGCUACGAUUGUUAAUUUGACAGAGCCGCCUUUACAGUUGUGGGUGGUUUCUUUGCAUGAUACAGAGAUGUCACCAGAUGAACUGGUCUACCUGGGAUUCAUUGCUGCCUCAAUACCUGUUGGGUUCCUUUUCCGAUAUCUUAGCCCUCCAGUGAAGCAGGGGGCCGCAGUGCUGUUAGGUCUGACUAUAACCAUAGUUACCUGUAGAAUCCACACCCUGCAUUCUCUGAUUACGGUUUUGGGAACAUGGGCCAUCAUCAAGCUGAACUGGAGGAACGCCCCCGCCAUCACCCUGGGCUGGACAUUCCUCUACCUCUUCGUCUUCCGGCUGGCCACAUGGUUCGGCCUUCCUCAGCCCACGCCCUUCUCCAAUGCCAUCCAGCUCAUCCUCACUCUCAAGAUGGUCAGCUUGGCCAAUGAGGUGAAGAGUUUUUACCUAGAAAAGAAGAAGGAAGUGAGCACAUUCUCCAAAUCACCUGUGGUGGGUGUCAUUCCCCAUGAGCCUUCCCUCUAUGACAUCAUAUCCUAUAGCUACUGCUAUCUGGGUAUAAUGACAGGUCCUUUCUACAGGUUCCAGACGUAUGUGGACUGGCUGCAGCAGCCCAGUCCUCUGUCUCUGCCGGGGAAGGAGCCCUGCCUGCUGCGGCUCCGCAUGGUGCCCGUCUACGGGGCGCUCUUCCUGUCCGUCAACUAUGUCUUCCCCCUGGCCUACGUCCGCACCGAUGAGUUCCUGGAGCACAACUUCUUCUUCAGGUUCUUCUAUAUGAUUGCUGUGUUCUUCGUGUUCCGGAUGCGGUUCUACUCUGCGUGGUGUGGGGCGGAGGCCGGCUGCAUCAGCGCAGGACUGGGGUGCUACCCAGCGGGGGCAGAGGCCAAGCCUGGGGGAGGACCCACCGUUCAGUACAGCCCUGACCCUGACGCCGCAGAGCAGUAUGACUUUAAAACCAUCCAGAACAUUGACUGCUACAACACGGACUUCUGUGUGAAAGUGAGGCACGGCAUGCGCUACUGGAACAUGACGGUGCAGUGGUGGCUUCACCACUACAUCUACCCCAAUGCCCCCUUCAAAGCCUACGCUCUUAGGGCUGGCUGGACCAUGCUCAUCAGUGCCUACUGGCACGGCCUGCACGCGGGCUACUACCUGUCCUUCCUGACCAUCCCGCUGUGCAUCGCGGCCGAGUCGGCCAUGGAGGGCGCGGUGCGCUCGCGGCUGGGCCCGCGCGGCCAGAACAUCUUCGACUGGGUCCACUGGUUCCUCAAGAUGCGCGCCUACGACUACAUGUGCAUGGGCUUCGUCCUGCUGAAGGCCAGCGACACGGUCCACUACUGGACCUCCAUCUACUUCAGCAUGCACGUGGUCGCCGUGGGCUGCAUCGUGCUCGGGCGACUGCUCAAGGCCGGAGGAGGCAGGAGGGAGAGGAAGGGAGCGAGCGAGGGAGAGAAGAGCGGUGCGGCGGAGGAGGAGAAGAAGAAGACAGAGGAGCAGGGAGUCGUGAGGGAGAAGAGCGAGUGAUGCUGGGUGUUUUGAUGGCCCAUGGUGGGGGACUGACUGACUGGUGGGGGAGUGGUGUAGUGCGGUGCGGUGAGGUGUGGUGUGGUGUGGUGGGGAAAAUAUGUUUACUCUUGACAUAAGACCUGCAGGUCCUAACAUGCACUGUCAACAUGCUACAGUGCAGUUUAAACGCUGCAGUGCGCUUAGCCAUGUGCUUUGUGAACAGCGAUAUCAGGUUACGUGUGUGUGUGUGUGUGUGUGUGAAGCAGAGGAGAAGACUGAAGAAUGUGAGGUUCCACACAUGUCAGUCUUACCAUGGGCAUGGCUGGUGCAAAGGAUCAUGGGAAUGUUUAUCCUGGCAAAGCCUCAGUGCAUCUGUAGGUCAUCAUAGCACAAAAUAAUUAAUUUAUUAAAUAAUUAAGGCAAGGAAACAAGAAAUCUGACCUACCUGGUCAUAUUUUUUUUAUCAUCUCCAAAACUAAUCCAAAUAGUGUGUGUGUGUGUGUGUGUGUGUGUGCGCGCACUGUGUAUGUGUGAAUAUUUCUGACUGUGUGUAUAAAUAUAAAUAUAUAUAGUAUAUCACAAAUUAAUAACAUCUUAGAAAUUCACCAAAGCUCAUAGCAAUGUCUCACAAGUGUCAAAUACGAUGGCAAAAAUGCCCAUGUAACAAAACACAAUGAUGUACAACAGACCUGUAUGUUUUUCACAAGAUCAGCUAAGAGGAUGUGGUGCCUGUACGAUAUUAUUACACGUUCAUGAGACGAGGUUACCUGACGUCUCUGUAAACCCCGAACUCUAGCGGGGAGCUACAGCAGCCUCAGAGGCAGCAGGCUGAAACCUUAGUAGCAGGAUGCAGCCAUACUGUACUGUACUCUCUCACGUCUGCCCCGCUGCAUGUUAGAAUAUGUAUAGUGUAUAUACUAGGAAAUACAUGCAUACCAUACAUUCCAACGCCAAUACACUCUGUGUACACCGCACUUGAAAAGAUCCUUCUUUUUCUGCUCACCCUUCUUAGUUGUGUACAUAUAAAGUAUCUUUUUGUUUGUAAAAAGUGGCUUUGACUUGGCCCAGAUCAGGUUAGGGUCAGAUUUGUGUUAAAGCUAUUGACAGAAAUGUCUUUCUAAGUUAGACAGAAGGAUUUGUAAUCCUAUUUGAUUUAUCUGAUGAUUGACGAGCAUUAUGGUUUUGAUCGUGAUGAGCUGCAGAUCAUCGCUAAUGUGGUGAACAAGAGUACAGUGCUCCAUCAGGCCACAUUUUGUCAUCAGCGUUUCAGAUUUUAUAAUACUGUACUGAGCGUACAGAGACAUACAGACAGGCAGGUUCAUGAUCUUAAUGUUGGCUGAGAUAUUAAACUGAAUGUUAACCUGGGUAAGAAUGUUAAAAUCUUAAAGGUACAAUUAUUUUGUACAGUGUACUUUGGAAUAUUUGUUUCCCCUUUUCCGUUUUGAUCAAGAAUUUCAAUUCCAAUUUCAAGAAUGUAAAUAUUAGCUAUUGUUUGUGUCCAUAUCAGCUGGGCAGGAAAAAUCUAGACUUUAGGUUUGUCUUUGAGUUUGUUUUAUCUUUAUGCUAGUCAAUUGCAUAUUUUCACAUCUGGGUAAUGCUGCCAUACCUUUAUGUAUAACUUCUCUGAUUUCUGUUCUCAUUGUGUGUGUGGGUGUGUGUGUGCGUGUAUCUACGUAUCUACAGUGGUACAUCUCCUCUCUCUCUCGUAGUUCCUUGCUGCCAUAUCACAUGCUUGGCCCAUGUGUGUUGUAGACCAAUAGGCACUUUACAACAGCUCUGACGCCAGUCAUCUCCUCACUGAAGCCUGAAGGUCUCAGCACACUGCAAUGUAAUGUAACGUAAUGAGGUAGUCGUGGCCUAAUUACCUGGCAGCAGAGCAGGUCCAUUCCAACUGUUUACUGGUAUCAGUCAUGAUCACAGUGUUACGACUAGGUUGUUGCAUCAUGGUUGUGAUUGCUAAACCAAGACCAAUCAUAUUUCCGUUGGCCAUGGCUGGUAAUUGUUGCCUGGAAGACAAGUUUACAUUCUUAACCUGGCUUGGUGUUGGUGUUGGUGUUGAUCCCUAUCCUGUGUGUGUGUGUGUCUCUCUCUCUCUCUCUCUCUCUCUCUCUCUCUCUCUCUCUCUCUCUCUCUCUCUCUCUCUCUCUUUCUCACUCUCUCGCUCUCUCGCUCUCUCUCUCUCUCCAAACCCUUUUAGAGGCAGUAACUUAAUUUGCUUGGGGCUUACUGUUUGACAGGAAUUCAAUAUAAUAUCCCUAUUGUGAGAACCAGUGUACAUUUAACACUCCUUUGAACAUUCCUUGGACACCCGUGCACAUGCAUUGUCUGUCAUUUCUUUCCUGAUUCUAUCCCACGUCCAUUUCCAGUUUUACAUCAGUGGUUCAUCAUUUUGCCAUGAUGAUUGUAACAUCCCCUGCCUUAUAAGAGUUUUACAUUGUUAUAAAUAAAGGACAUCUUUGCAUCCUU